AAAUUAUAAACUGCAACGGCGCAAGAGGCGGCUCUUCUUCCCGAAUACCUGAAACUCACAAUUUGGUUGAUCGCGGUCCGGUGUGCGCCCGCGCCCGCCCGUCGUUAUGCCCGAAAGUGCGUUUAUUUAUUUAUUUUUAUCGACAACCUGAUCUCCGCGCUCCUCACCUUAGUUCCAAUAUAGACACCGAGAGGACACCACUACUUAUCACCGGUUGACACAGCAGCUAAUGCGUUCAUUGUACAUUACCCAACCUAUUCCUCCACAUGGAUUUCGGUUGCCACGACAAGGACUCAGGGGAAGUGGAGUGCUACUUCGAAAUACGUAAAUACUUUUUGCAUAAACGCUAACGACGGUGAUUUAUGGCUUUCUCAUUGUUACCGAACACCGCACUCUAAUUGAUAUUUUUAGUUAGAAUCAGUGUAGUUUUUGGGUCGUGUAAACAGCUGGACUCCUGACAGUAAGUUAGUCUGUAUGUCAGCGCAUUCUGCGCUUGUUGGCCGAGUAAUACGCUGUUGUAGGCAUUUCAAAUUACAUUCCGUUGUAUAUAAAUAACAAAAUAAUAACGUAGCAUACGGCGGGCACGUAAAAUGCGCAGGGAAGUAAGAACAGUAAGCACUAGGCGUGACAACGUACCUAGUCAUUGCGAUACGGGUACUUCUUGCGCUAUCACGAUACAAAUGCCGAACCCAGAAGCCGUUGGAUGUGUAGAACGAUUUGCAACUUUACUGUCAUAUCUACUUGUCAUCAUCACCUUCCCUUUUUCGUUAUUUGAAUGUUUUAAGGUUGUGCAAGAAUUUGAAAGAGCUGUAAUCUUCAGACUAGGCAGAUUAAGGAAAGGCGGCGCGAGAGGCCCAGGACUAUUCUUUGUUCUUCCCUGCAUAGACACUUAUAGAAAAGUAGAUCUACGAACGGUUUCGUUUGACGUACCACCACAAGAGGUACUAACGCGAGAUUCUGUGACAGUGGCAGUGGACGCUGUAGUGUAUUACCGAAUCAAAGAACCCUUAAAUGCAGUGGUGAGAGUUGCAGACUAUAGCGCGUCAACAAGACUCUUGGCCGCUACAACAUUAAGGAAUGUUCUUGGAAUGAGGGAUCUAGCGCAACUCCUCUCUGACAGGGAAGCAAUCAGUCACAUGAUGCAAGCUAGCCUGGAUGAGGCCACGGAGCCUUGGGGUGUCGAAGUAGAAAGAGUUGAAAUUAAAGACGUCCGACUGCCCGUGCAGCUACAGAAGGCCAUGGCAGCAGAAGCUGAGGCGGAUCGUGAAGCAAGAGCGAAAAUCAUUGCCGCCGAAGGAGAAAUUAAAGCAUCAAAAGCAUUGAAGGAAGCAUCACUUGUCAUGAUCGACAAUCCUAUGGCCUUACAGCUGCGCUACCUGCAGUCUUUGAGCUCUAUAUCAGCAGAGAAGAAUUCCACGAUAAUCUUUCCAUUCCCUAUGGAUUUCUUGAAAGCAUUUUUGGGAGGAGCCGGACCAAGUACAACGCACCAACCAAGCGUACAAAUGACACAAUCAUUACCAAUAUAGUUUCAUUAGUUUACAAAUUCUGUAUCAAUUCUAGUCAAUCUAAUUUAAUAAAAUAAAUUCGUUUCCCAACCA